UUUGUCUCCAGAGUCAAAUAUUUACUAAUGCAAUUGUAUUGUUCACAUUUCACAGAAAUAACACGUUAGGAAAGAAGUGACAAUAUGGCAACCGCACAGAAGCAACGAAAUUCUUUGAGCGCCAUGAUAUUCCCUAACAAGAUAUCAACUGAGCAGCAAUCGCUGGUAUUAGUGAAGAGACUGCUGGCAAUAGCUGUAUCUUGCAUUACUUAUCUAAGAGGGAUCUUUCCAGAAUAUGCAUAUGGAACAAGAUAUCUAGAUGAUCUCUGCGUGAAAAUACUGAAGGAAGACAAAAACUGCCCAAGCUCUGGUCAGCUAGUGAAAUGGAUGUUAGGAUGCUACGACGCACUGCAGAAAAGAUAUCUCAGGUUGAUCGUCUUAGCGGUCUACACCAAUCUGGAGGACCCUCAGACAAUUACAGAAUGCUACCAGUUUAAAUUCAAGUACACCGACAAAGGACCAGAGAUGGAUUUUGUAAGUAAACACCAGGGGGACAAUUCCAACAUCACGUGCGCAGAUACAAAGAAAGCAAGCAUCCUGCUGCUAAGGAAGAUUUAUGUUCUGAUGCAAAAUUUGGGCCCGCUGCCUGAUAAUGUCUGUCUGACAAUGAAACUCUUCUAUUACGAUGAAGUCACCCCACCUGACUAUCAGCCGCCGGGUUUCAAAGAAGGUGAUUCUGAGGAGAUGGUGUUUGAGGGGGAGCCUAUAUAUCUCAAUGUGGGUGAGGUCCCCACCCCUUUUCAUAUGCUGAAAGUUAAAGUGACGACCGAAAAAGACCGGAUGGAGCAGGUUGACCGGGCCAUACUAACGCAAGCGGAUUCGUUGACGCCUCCAAAGGCACAGCGACUUGAUGAAGGACACAGCCAGCAAACAGAUGAGGAUUUUAUUACAGAAAAUAAAAUGAGGGAGCAGAAAAAUGCAAAGGAGGCUUUGCACAUCAGAGAGCUAAAUUUAACAUGUGAAGAAGAUGAAAUUAUGAAUAUAGAAGAAAGCCAGAAUUUGUCCAUCGAUAAUUCUCAGGUAGACUGUCUAGUAAAGAAUACUGCCGAACUCGAAGUCUCUGAGGGCAAGACUCGGAGUGGAAGGAGAUUUCAGUGCAACAAAGGUGGUGUGGAAAAGGGCAAAGCACUAAAAUGUCCUAAAGACAUACAGAAGAGGCACAGCUUGGGAUCCAGCAAGCCAGUCUUUCAUUUUGAAUGCUCUCCAAGCCAAGGUUUGCGUCCUAAGCGGAGACGAUUCAGUGAACCGAAGGAGCAGUUUUAGAUGGGAGCGUCUUGAUGUUUUCGUUCCGCUUUGUUCUGCAACGUUCUGACUAAUUGUAACUAGUCUUUGGACAUUUUGAAGAGAUUAUCAUUUAAACUGUUUAAUGUUCUUCAGUGUCUUUUAUAUGCAAUCCAAAAGUGCAGCUUUUGAAUCCAGAGGUAAAUGAAGCUCAAAUCAAGAAAGACCCCGCUUUCAUUUACAUUAGCGUUCCUGGAGAAAAUGAAUUGCUGCUUGGAUCUGCCUCACCGCUUCUUUAACUUGGGCUUCCAGCAGCCACUGCAUAUACAGAUUGUCCAUGCUGGGGAAUCAUGUGACGGGCUCCUUUUGUAGCAGGAGCUCCUUUGCAUGAUUAGGCCACACACCUCUGAUGUAGCCAAUCCUCCAAGAGCUAACAAUAGGCCCUGUAAGAACGGCCCUGUAAGCUCUUGGAGGACUGGCUACAUAAGAGGGGUGUGGCCUAAUAUGCAAAGAAGCUCCUGCUACAAAAAGAGCCCUGGUCAUGUGACGCCAGCCACAUGGAUUGACAGCUAAUUAAAUUCUUCUUGCACACCCAGUGUUGCCAGAGUUCCCAAGAACAAACUAUGCUACCUUACUUCAAAACAGCAGAGUGACCAAUUGGAACAUAAAGCCCAAGGUUUUUUUUUUUUAGCGAAUAGCGUGUCAAUGAAACGAAUGUCUUAAAUUUCAUAUCCUGGCUUUUCCUUGCUGCAGGAAGAAAUUUAGGCUCUUUUGCCUGUUCUCUGUUUUUGCUAAUAGCUACUGACCCGACCCAAAUAAAGGGGUGGGCGGGGAAUACCAAACAGUUUAUAAACUGUGGCCAAUGCUGAGAAAGUUAAUCACACCUACAUCCUGUUGAAUAGGAAAUCACAACUGAUUUCCAUAGUACUCAGGAGCCAAGUAUAUUCUCCCAAUGAGGGCCAAUAACUAAUUUGUAAAACUAUGGUUGUCUUGGUUUUCUUUAUUUAGAAAAGUUAACAAUUUUGCUGUAUAAUUCUAGAAACAUAAUGGAAGUAUUAUUUUGACUUAAGAACUUAUUGAUUUGCCAUGAAAGGUUUAUAGAGGUCUACAAAUGCAUAUAGGCUUUCUGUUUUAGGCCUUCCAGUUUUAUAGCCACAAUAAAACAUUUACAAUUUGAACAAGUCA